AUGAAGCCUUCGGCAACAUUUUUAGCUUUACUUCCGGCUUUCGCCACAGGUUUGCAGGUCUCGACCUGUAGAAAUGAUGAGACGACUAGUUUGUAUGAUUUUAUCCUACCCUCCCUGGAUGGAAAUCAGAAUAUAUCUCUAUCUGCAUACCAGGGAAAGGCUGUUCUUCUGGUGAAUGUAGCGACCUACUGAGGUUUCACCAGCCAAUACCUGGACUUUAAUGCACUUGUAGAGUCCUUCAAUGGCCAAGUUGAUAUCAUAGGAGUUCCCUGCAACCAAUUCUGGAAUAAAGAACCUUCUGGAGUUGCCGAGGAGCUGAUGAAUGGUCUGUUUCACGUAAAACCUGGAAACAGUUUUGUUCCUAAUUUCCAGCUCACAGCGCUCUCUGAGGUUAAUGGAAUCAACAGGAUUCCUCUUUAUCAAUGGGCCCUGGGCCUUUGUGAUUCGCCAGAAAGUGUAUUCCGCGAUAAAACCUAUUUACUGUAUGAUCCUGUUGAUGCCAACGAUAUCAGGUGGAAUUUUGAGAAGAUUCUUUUCGACUCUAACGGCCAUCCGUUUAAACGUUACGCUCCUGGUGUCGAAGUUGAAGAGAUCAUUCCAGACAUUGAGAGCAUGCUUGGCGAUCAAUGAUCAUCAUGAGCAAUCAUUCUGGUUGACUGUUGUGUAUUUGUAUGCGGAGCAGAUGAAGAACUACCUCUCAGCUGACUAGCGAGGUAGUUCGGAGAACUUGAUUGAAGACGAUAUUUGGUUUUGUGCAUUGAACAUUAUCAUCUUUAUUCAGCUCUAGUAUUCGGAGACAAUCAGUCAACUUACUUAUAUCAGUCUAUUUAAUAAAGCUUUUCGCUUAUAUUUUA